CGAAAGAUAUAUUUUUUCCAAUCCUUCAUCACAAUUGAAACAAACCAAGAAAGAGAGAAAAGAACCCGAUUCUUUUAAACAAGAACCAUCCACUAGAAACUAACCAAAGUCAAUCAACUUCAACUUCAACUUCAAUGAACGAUAAUCUCAGAUCUUGGCUUGUUCAACAGAACCAUAACUUCAUUGAAGCCUUCUUCACAGCUGAUUUAAAAGAUUGGGUCUUAUGUGUUGGAAAUGAGGCGGGUGAUCUCGAUACCUUAUCAUCUUCGAUCGCAUUUGCAUACCUAUCUAGUUUUGAUACUUCAUCAUCAACACGAUAUAUUCCAAUCCAAUUAACUCCAUCAUCAGCAUUUCAAUUAAGAGCCGAGAAUGUAGCAGCCUUAAAAGAUGCGAUGCAAAUCGAUCGAGAAUCGGGUGAUUUACAAAACGAUUUGAUUUGUUCUGAUACAUUAGAUUUUUCAAAGUUCACACCUUAUGGUGCUAAAUAUGCUUUAGUAGAUCAUAAUCAAGUCAUUUCAUCGGUCUUUGGAACUCAAGCUGAAGUAGUUGCAGUUAUAGAUCAUCAUGAACCAGCUGAAAAUAAUACACUUUAUCUUAAUGCGAAUCCUAGGAUCAUUCAAGUUCCUACCGGUAGUUGUGCUUCAUUAGUAGUCAAUCAUUUUUCAAAAACUUGGCAAUCGAAAUUAUUUCCAAUCGGUUUAGCUGAUUUAUUAUUAAGUGCUAUUGUGAUUGAUACGAGUAAUUUAAAAUUAAUUCAAGAUGGUGGAAAAGCAACUGAAUCAGAUCUUUCGGCAAGGGAUUUCUUAAUUCCUCGUUCUAGAUUUGCAAUUUCGGCUAACUCUUCAGAUUCUCAAAACGGUCUUCAAUCACUUUAUAAAACUCUUUCAACUUUAAAAGAUGAUGUUACUCGAUUGAAUUCAACUCAACUUUUACAACGUGAUUAUAAACAAUACCAAACGAAUGGUUGGACUUUCGGUUUAAGUUCGGUACCGAUCAGUCUGAGUGAUUGGGUUCGAGACAAAGAAUCGAAUAAAUGGAAAGCUCUCUUAACAGCUACCAAUGAAUAUGGUGCUUCCAAAAGUUUAGAUGCGGUUGGGAUUCUAGCGAAUAAUGAAAAACUAAAGAAAAAAGAAGCAGCUGCAACCGGUCAAACAAAAAGAGAAUUAUUGAUCUUGAUUCGAAAUGAAGCUAUGUUAGGACUCUAUAAAGGUUUAGAAAACCCUGAUCUGUCUGUUCAACAACAACUUGAUUUAUCAACUUCAAUCAUCGAUCAACAAAACGAUAUAGACGCCUUUAUAUAUUCUAAUACAGUACAAGUUAGGAUUUGGAAAGUAGGGAAUCCAGAAGCCAGUCGAAAACAAGUAGCUCCAAUCUUGACUACUUUGGUGAAUAAUUUAGGUCCAAAACCUUCUUAAAUCAAUUUUACCUCUUCUUUUUAUUUGGUUGGAAAAGCAAAUCAUAAACGAUCUUUUCUUUUCUUUAACUCUUGUACUGAAUUCUAGAAAUGUAUACAUCUUUUCUUUUCAUUUUACCGCAAUUGUAUUUUGUCUAAAUGAUUAUAUCGUACUUUAUGCAUUGCAAUUCUUCAGUUAGCAAACCUCAACUUGUUUCCCGUUGCAACAGAUCUCACC